AUGAACAAAGUUCCAGAGCCCACAGGCCCCCUGCCCACCCCAUCCCCUGGACUCCCACAGCUUGUGUUUCCCCUGGGGCAGACUUCACCGGUGGUGUCCAGUAUGCCACAAGCAACACAAAAGAACAUGCCUUCCCAGCCCCACCAGCACUUCUACCCUAGCUGGGCCAAGCAUCCCAGCAGUGCAGCCUCCCGAGUGCAGAGUGCAGCCCCUGCCCGCCCUGGCCCAGCUGCCCAUGUCUACCCUGCUGGAUCCCAAGUAAUGAUGAUCCCUUCCCAGAUCACCCACUCAGCCUCUCAGGGGGCCUACUAUAUCCCUGGACAGGGGUGUUCCACAUAUGUUGUCUUGACACAGCAGUACCCUGUGCAGCCAGGAGCCCCAAGCUUCUAUCCUGGUGUAAGCCCUACUGAGUUUGGGACCUAUGCUGGUGCCUACUACCCAGCCCGAGUUGUACAGCAGUUUCCUGCUGGUGUGGCCUCCACCCCGGUAUUGCUGAACCAGCCACCCCAGAUUGCUCCUAAGAGGGAACGUAAAACUAUCCGAAUUCGAGAUCCGAACCAAGGAGGGAAAGAUAUCACAGAGGAGAUCAUGUCUGGGGCCCGAACUGCCUCCACACUCACCCCUCCCCAGACGGGAGGUGGUCUGGAGCCUCAAGCUAAUGGGAAGAAGCCCCAGGUUGCUGUCGUUGUCCGGCCAGAUGACCAGGCUCAGGGAGUGCUUGUUGGGAGCCGGUCAGGAUUGCCAGGCCCAGAGCACAGCCCUUCAGAGUCCCAGCCUUUAUCACCAUCUCCAACCCCAUCACCAUCCCCAAUCUUGGAACCAGGGUCUGAGACUAAUCUUGGAGUCCUCUCUCUUCCUGGGGACACUAUGCCAACUGGGAUGAUACAAAUGUCUGUAGAAGAAUCAACUCCCAUCUCCCACGAAACUGAGGAGCCAUACUGCCUCUCUCCAGAACCCACUCCUCUUGCCGUACCCAUACUGGAAGUAGAAGUGACACUUGGCAAACCAAUUCCAGAAUCCGAGUUCUCUUCCAGUGGGCUCCAGAUUCCUGCUCCCCUGGAAUCUCACAAGGUAGAAGUUCCCGAGGCUAACGGCAUAGUACCAUCUGAGGAGCUGGAGCCAGAGGUGGAGUCAAGCCCAGAGGUUGCCCCUGUUCUGCCUGUGGCUUGCCCUUCAGAAUCCCCUGAGCCCAUUGCUCCAAUUGCCCAACCUGAGGAAGUGCUCAACAGAGCCCCCUCACCACCAGCUGUGGACUUGAGCCCAGUCAGUGAGCCAGAGGAGCAGGCUAAAGAGGUUACUGUGUCAGUGGCUUCCUCUGCCAUCCUCUCUGCCACUCCACCUGCAACUCCUCCAGCUCCUUCUCCUCCUCAGGAGGAGGAAAUGGAAGAAGAAGAGGAAGAGGAGGAGGAAGAGGAAGAAGGAAGAGAAGCUGAAGCUGAGAAUGAGAAGGGUGGAGAGGAUCUCUCUUCAGAGAGCACACCUGUCCCAGCCCAUUUGUCCCUCCCCCCUUCGGAGGUGGCAGCAGCCACCCAAGUGGCAGUAUCUGUGCCAAAGAGGAGAUGGAAAAUUAAGAAGCUAAAUAAGAAGGAGGCUGUGGGAGACCUCCUAGAUGCCUUCAAAGAGACAAACCCAGCAGUACCAGAGGCAGAGAAUCAGCCUCCCAUAGGCAACAACUCAGGCCCAGAGUCUGAGGGCACCAGUGUGGCCCCACGGCCUGAGGAAGCAGAGGAGACCUGGGACUCCAAAGAGGACAAAAUCCAGAAUGCUGAGAACAUUCAGCCUGGGGAACAGAAGUACGGCUAUAAGUCAGAUCAGUGGAAGCCACUAAACCUGGAGGAGAAAAAGCGUUACGACCGAGAGUUCCUGCUUGGCUUUCAGUUCAUCUUUGCCAGUAUGCAGAAGCCAGAAGGGUUGCCCCAUAUCACUGGCGUGGUGCUGGACAAAGCCAAUAAGACACCGUUGUGGCCACUGGAUCCCUCAAGACUACCUGGCAUAAACUGUGGUCCAGACUUCACCCCAUCCUUUGCCAACCUUGGCCAACCAGCCCUUAGCAUUCUUGGGCCCCUGAGGGGUGGGCCAGGUGGGGAGCUGCCCCGAGGGCUGCAGGCUGGCUUAGGACCCAGGCGCUCUCUGAAGGACCCCCGAAAAGAACCACACAAGAUCAUUGCCACAGUGUUAAUGACUGAAGAUAUAAAACUGAAUAAAGCAGAGAAGGCUUGGAAACCAAGCAGCAAGCAGACAGCGGCUGAUAAGGAACGAGGAGAAGAGGAUGCUGAUGGCACCAAGACCCAGGACCUACUCCGCAGGGUGCGCUGCAUCCUGAAUAAGCUCACACCCCAGAUGUUCCAGCAGCUGAUGAAGCAAGUGACACAGCUGGCCAUUGACACUGAGGAAUGCCUGAAAGGAGUCAUUGACCUCAUCUUCGAGAAGGCCAUUUCAGAGCCCAACUUCUCUGUGGCCUACGCCAACAUGUGCCGCUGCCUGAUGGAGCUGAAUGUGCCCACUAGAAAAAAGCCAACGGUGACUCUUAACUUCCGAAAACUGUUGUUGAAUAGAUGUCAGAAGGAAUUUGAGAAAGACAAAGAUGAUGAUGAAGUUUUUGAGAAAAAGCAAAAAGAAAUGGAUGAAGCUGCUACAGCAGAGGAGCGGGGCCACCUGAAGGAGGAGUUAGAAGAGGCUCGGGACACGGCCCGAAGGCGCUCUUUAGGGAACAUCAAGUUUAUCGGCGAGUUAUUCAAGCUCAAGAUGUUAACCGAGGCGAUUAUGCAUGACUGCAUAGUCAAACUACUAAAGAACCAAGAUGAGUCCCUGGAAUGCCUCUGCCGCCUGCUCACCACCAUUGGCAAAGACCUGGAUUUUGCAAAAGCCAAGCCACGAAUGGAUCAGUAUUUCUACCAGAUGGAAAAAAUCAUUAAAGAAAAGAAGACGUCAUCUCGCAUCCGCUUUAUGCUGCAGGGUGUGCUGGAUCUGCGACAGAGCAAUUGGGUACCACGCCAUGGAGAUCAGGGUCCCAAGACCAUUGAUCAGAUCCACAAGGAGGCCGAGAUGGAGGAGCAUCACGAACAUAUCAAAGUGCAGCAGGUCAUGGCCAAGGGCAGCGACAAGCAUCGGGGAGGCCCUCCAGGCUCACCCCUUAGUCGUGGCCUCCCACUUGUGGACGAUGGUGGCUGGAACACAGUCCCCAUCAGCAAAGGCAGCCGCCCCAUUGACACCUCACGACUCACCAAGAUCACAAAGCCUGGCUCCAUUGAUUCCAACAAUCAGCUCUUUGCACCAGGAGGGCGACUGAGCUGGGGCAAAGGUAGCAGUGGGGGCUCAGGAGCCAAGCUCUCCGAGGCAGCAUCAGAACCUGCUCGUCCAGCUACUAGUACCUUGAAUCGCUUCUCAGUUCUUCAACAGGCAGUACCUACAGAGAGCACAGAUAACAGACAUGUGGUGCAGAGGAGUAGCUUGAGCCGGGAACGAAGUGAGAAAGCUGGGGACCGGAAAGACCGAGUAGAGUGGAGCGAACAGAGUGGUGACUAUGGGGACCGAUCAGAUCGUGCACGGACACCUGCCACCAAGCAAAGCUUUAGCAGAGAAGUGGAAGAGUGGAGUAGAGAGCAGCCUUCCCAGCCUGAGGGACUGUGCAAGGCCUGGAGCCUCAGGGAAGAUCGUGACCGGGGCCGGGACACUGUAAAGCAGGAAGCCACCCUCCCCACAGUGAGCCCCCUGAAGGCUGAACUCUCUGAGGAGGAGCUGGAGAAGAAGUCCAAGGCCAUCAUUGAGGAGUAUCUCCAUCUCCACGACAUGAAGGAAGCAGUGCAGUGUGUACAGGAGCUGGCCUCGCCCUCCCUGCUCUUUAUCUUUGUGCGGCAUGGCAUUGAGUCCACACUGGAGCGCAGCAACAUCGCUCGAGAGCACAUGGGGAAGCUGCUCCACAGGCUGCUGUGUGCUGGGCACCUCUCCACCGCCCAGUACUACCAAGGGCUGUACAAAAUCCUGGAAGUGGCGGAGGACAUGGAGAUUGACAUCCCCCAUGUGUGGCUUUAUCUGGCAGAACUGGUAACACCCAUUCUGCAGGAAGGUGGGCUGGCCAUGGGAGAACUAUUCAGGGAGAUUACAAAGCCUCUGAGACCUUUGGGCAAAGCUACUUCCCUCUUAUUGGAGAUCCUGGGGCUUCUAUGCAAAACCAUGGGUCCCAAAAAGGUGGGGAUGCUCUGGCGAGAGGCUGAACUCAGCUGGAAGGAGUUUCUACCUGACGGCCAAGAUGGUGAUGCAUUCGUUGCUGAACAGAAGUACCUGUGUGAUGAACAGAAGGAGCUACCAGCGCUCUACGCCCUCCAGGCCCUUGUGGUGACCUUAGAGCAGCCUCCCAACCUGUUUCGGAUGUUCUUCGAUGCGCUGCAUGAUGAAGACGUGGUGAAGGAGUAAGCAUUCUACAGCUGGGAGAGCAGCAAGGACCCCGCUGAGCAGCUGGGCAAGGGUGUGGCCCUUAAAUCUGUCACAACCUUCUGCAACUGGCUUCGGGAGGCUGAGGAGGAGGAGUAGGACUACAACUGA